GCGGCUCACGCGGACCUCCACGGAGCUUCACCCCGGAGACCGCCCGACAGCUCCCGUUCCGCGGGUCGCAGGAUCCAUGUCGCUGCCCGUCUGACUCAGUGGGACGUGACGGUGAAGUUGAAGUCGGCGGCCUUGAGGAAUCGGUGGAAGCAGAGGAGCAGCACAGGCCUUCACCCCCCCAAAGAAAACAGACGCCCUACCGGGGGUAACGGAGAAGAUGAAGGAUUAGGAGAUAAUCUGGGAUGGUUCCUCGGUGCGGACCGCAGAACCGCUUGCAGCUGGACUCUAUUUCUGAGCCGAUGUGGACGAAGCCAACGGCGCAGGGCCAGCGGGGGGGAAACCAGGCGAGCUGACCACAUCUCCCAACCGGCUCCUGCCAGGAACACAACUGCGCAGUGUUCCCCUCAAUUUAUGGCCGUUUAAUUCCGCCAGCUAUGCAUAACAAGGCGCUACAAAGAGGGGGACAGAGUUCGGCCUCCACGUGAUAAACUGAAAUAAUAUUGCAGUGAACUAUUUGACUCUGCAGAGCUGGAGUUUCAACUUUUUUUUUGAAAUUACAGAGUUUCGAGAUCUUGGAAUAAGCUUUCAGAGAGACUUUGGACUGUUGAAGUCUCAGAGGAGAAAAGGUCAACUUAACUUGUUCGGUUUUGCCAAUUCCAGACUUUUAAAGUAUUUUUUUUAAAUAUAUAAAGUCAUUCACCUCCUGUGAUCAUGAAUCUUCAGGAGAAGUUGUCAGGCCUCAAGGGACUGGUCACGCACUCCCACAGCAAGCGGCGCUUCAAAGGCGACCUCACGCUGGACAUGAUAAGCCCGCCGCUGGGCGACUUCCGCCACACCAUGCACGUGGGCCGCGGCGGCGACGUGUUCGGGGACACGUCGUUCCUCAGCAACCACGGCGGCGCCGCCAACGGGAACAACGGCGGCGGCGGCGGGGACGCGGACUCCGUGUCCACGCCCGACAACAAGAUCGGAGCGUUCUUCUCCAGGACGCUGCGUCAAAUCCGGCGGGGCUCCGACAACCGAUCCACGGGGGGGUCCAAGGAUCUGUCGCCGCCGCCUCCCGUCCUGUCGCCCAUCAUCAAGAACGCCAUUUCCCUCCCGAGGCUGGACGCGGUGGAGACGCCGAGCGGGAGUCCCACCGCCAAAGUGCUCUUCCCGAGCUCUCAAAGCACGCCGGAGGAGAAGAAAAGCUCUUACGGUCUUGAGUCUGGCUUUGUCACUCUGCCUCGUCUCUCCCGCUCCGAGCGUCAGCAGCCUUCCAUCUCCCUCUCCACCUCCCCGAACAUCCACCGCGGCUCUCUGACCGACCCCACCGACGCCAUCUUGUCCACCUGCUCCGCCUCCGCAAUGACCUUUGACCCCAACCCCACCGCCGCGGCCUACUCUGACUCCCUGUCCUCCCUCACGUCUCUGUACGCUUUCACCUUCGACUUCGGCCCCUCCCUCAUGAGCGAGGUGUUCGGCCUGAUCGACGGCCACCCGGAGGAGCACGGCCACGCCUGGGAGGGAGAGGAGGCGGGGUCGGCGUGCGGGUUGACCAACGAGGGCUCGGAGAUGGACUCGGCCACCAUCUCGUACGUGGACUCCCUGCUGAGGGAGGACUGCGGGGGGGGCAGGAAGAGCCCGCACGGGGCCGACUGGGAGGAAGAGGAGGGCAACGGAGGGGGGCUUUCUGAGAGAGCGCCCGACGCGGCGAUGGGGUCUCCCGAACGAGGGAGGUCGGCGAUGGAGGCCGAGCGGUUUCAGUGCGCCGCGGACAUGCUCGCCCGUCACUACGGCAGCCAAUCGAAGGGGCGGGGCCGGGUGGAGGCCGCGGAUUCAGAGAUGACGACCAAGAACAAAGUGGCCUACAGUUACAUGGACGACGAGGACGAAAUCAAAGUCUGAGCGGAGGCCGUCUCUCAUGUCGGACUUCUCCGUGAUUCCAAAUCAAAAUCAAUCAUCUUGACUUCUUGUCGUGGUCAACGGGGCUGGCUCUUCUGACAGGACGACCACGAAAACCACAACCCAGGAUGCUUCGUAGCGGAUCCUUUACUUUUUGUCCAAUCGCGCUUUAAAGGAUGUACAAGUUGGGACGCAGAACUGUCGCUGAAUGCAUCUUAAAAAAGGAACGAAGGACUGAUGACGCCACGCAGAAGAGGGAGAGAGGGUGAUUUUUUGGGGGGCAAAAAAGGUUGAAAUUUAAAAAAAGAGGCGUGGAAAGAGAGGAUGUGCCAGAGGAUGGAGAUGUAGAUGUGGAGAUCGUCUUAAAAAUUACACAAUGGAGAAAUUCCAAUGCCUGUCAUUCACUUUAUGCUUUUUCACAGUCACAGUGGCAUCAACUCCAUCUUAUCACAACCUUCAGGUCUCCUUAGGAUCUCCUGUCAGCUCCUUCCUCUCAGGAAUACACCACCAGGAAACAAGAAGGGAAAUACAAGUUCUGGAACUCAGGCCUCAUUAGAUUAACCAAACAUCUCAGUUAAUAACCUACAUGGACUUCUGGGAUAUGACAAGUACUAUUGGCAUUUGCUAGUUGCAACUAAAGCGUGCUUCUUUUUUUAAAAUGCUGCAGACCUUCUAUAGAGAGACCUGUGCACCUUUGACCUUGACUCCUGUCUAGCUUCUUUUCUUCUUUUAUUGUCAUGUAUAUGUUCUUUUAUACAUCUGUACAUGAAGAUAUUAAGUGACCUCAUAUAAAUAUGUACCUACAGUAUGAGCACCCUGCUGUACAUAGUGCAAUUCACAUCCAUCCAUAUGCUGCAGUCAAUGCCAACUAUAUAUAAUGAUGCUAUAAAUUGACAAUAAAGCUGUUUAUAAUUAG